AUGACAGUUGCUACUGGAGACCCCACAGAUGAAGCGGCAGCUUUGGCAGGUCAUCCUCAGGACACCUAUAACCCUGAAACCGAUCAUGAAUGCUGUGAGAGGGUGGUCAUUAACAUCUCGGGGCUGCGGUUUGAAACGCAACUCAAGACGCUAGCUCAGUUUCCAGAGACCUUGCUAGGGGACCCUAAAAAGAGAAUGAGAUAUUUCGAUCCUCUCCGGAAUGAAUAUUUCUUUGACCGAAACAGACCCAGCUUUGAUGCUAUUUUGUACUACUACCAAUCGGGUGGCAGGUUAAGGAGGCCUGUCAACGUGCCCUUAGACAUCUUCUCGGAGGAGAUCAGGUUUUAUGAACUCGGGGAAGAAGCCAUGGAGAUGUUCCGAGAGGAUGAAGGAUACAUUAAGGAAGAAGAAAGGCCUUUACCGGAGAACGAGUUUCAGAGACAAGUGUGGCUGCUCUUUGAGUAUCCAGAAAGCUCAGGGCCCGCCAGGAUUAUAGCUAUUGUCUCUGUCAUGGUGAUUCUAAUCUCCAUCGUGAGCUUUUGCCUGGAAACGUUGCCUGUUUUUCGGGAUGACGAAGACCUGCAUGGCGGUGGGAUGAGCCAUCACCCCUACUCCAACAGUACCAUGAGCUAUCAGCAGUCGACCUCUUUCACAGACCCUUUCUUUAUAGUAGAGACACUUUGCAUCAUUUGGUUCUCCUUCGAGUUCUUGGUAAGGUUUUUCGCCUGCCCCAGCAAGGCUGGGUUUUUUACCAACAUCAUGAACAUUAUUGACAUUGUAGCUAUCAUCCCGUACUUCAUCACUCUAGGGACCGAACUGGCUGAGAAACCAGAGGAUGGCCAGCAAGGCCAACAGGCCAUGUCUCUGGCCAUCCUUCGAGUCAUCCGCUUGGUGAGAGUUUUUAGGAUCUUCAAACUGUCCAGGCACUCCAAAGGGCUGCAGAUCCUGGGGCAGACCCUCAAGGCCAGCAUGAGGGAACUAGGUCUCUUGAUAUUUUUCCUCUUCAUUGGCGUCAUCCUCUUCUCCAGCGCCGUCUACUUCGCAGAGGCUGAUGAGAGCGAGUCUCAGUUUCCCAGCAUCCCAGAUGCGUUCUGGUGGGCUGUGGUUUCCAUGACCACAGUUGGCUAUGGAGACAUGGUCCCCACGACCAUCGGUGGGAAAAUAGUGGGCUCCUUAUGCGCCAUUGCAGGUGUAUUAACGAUUGCCUUACCAGUGCCAGUCAUAGUGUCCAACUUCAACUACUUCUAUCACCGCGAGACGGAAGGAGAGGAGCAAGCCCAAUAUUUGCAAGUGACCAGCUGCCCAAAGAUCCCUUCUUCCCCUGACCUAAAGAAAAGCAGAAGUGCCUCCACUAUUAGUAAGUCUGAUUAUAUGGAGAUACAGGAAGGUGUAAAUAAUAGUAAUGAGGACUUUAGAGAGGAGAACUUGAAGACAGCCAAUUGCACCCUGGCUAACACAAAUUACGUUAAUAUCACCAAAAUGCUAACUGAUGUGUAG